CAAGCACCUACGAGACAUAGAGUACUGUAUGUCAACAUUGACCUGGUUCCGGGUAUUGUGCGGUUGCGAAAAGUUUGUCGUACUCGCGCACAUUUCUCCGUGAUGACGAAGUAGCCUAUUGAGGGAAUCCCAAGAGGAGUUUCAGGGUGGUUCAAAUGUUUCUUGAAAGGGGUGGUCCGGUAAUAUAUAGUUUUUUUCUGUAUUUAAACGGCUUACAUGUCAGUAACUUACAUUUUUGACAGCCUGGCAAUUCACUCAACGUGCUAAACCUUACUUGGAAAUAAUCCCACCUUUAGGAUGGAAAAACGACGGACCGAGACAACACAAAGAGACAGACCACAUACGGACAGGUCGCAUAUCAUCACACCACAACAUGGAUUGGCACUGACUCCAGAAAGAUGCGAGAGUGUUGAAUUGGACAAUUCAAUCAGAGAGCGUGUCCAAUCAUACCUUCUCACACAGGGUGCACCUGUCCACAACGACAGACAAUUCAAAGAAACACAGACUGGACUGUCUGUUGCUGCACCUGGGCAAAACGAGGAUUCACAGAUAGCAUUGUUAGAGAAGCAGAGACAAGAGCUCUUAUAUAUAAACAACAAGUGGGCAGAGCAGUACCAGACCAUGACACAGUAUUACAAACAGAAGGUGAAAGACCAGGAGAUGUUACUAAUGUCUCAUGGCCAAGAAUUGGAGGACAGGAGUGAAGAGGAACAGCAAGAAAGAAAGAGAAACAUAGAUCUACCUCAGACCAAAGACAACACAAACUGUAUUCAGUUGCUAAACGAUGACAUCAGUGCUGACCUGCAGAGGGCAGAGCGAGAAGCAGAGCACCUGAGAGUGCAGAACACCACUCUGACCAGAAGAGGACAGCAGCAGCAGGGGGAGAUCAGACGACUCAACAAGGUCCUGAAGGAGGUGCUGCAGACCACUGGAACUGCCGAGGUCAGCUGUGGGCCACAAGAAGAGGUCUGGAGGCAUCAGGCCCAGAUUUACAAAGAGGACUUUUUGAAGGAGAGGAGAGACAGGGAGCAGUUGAAGGGGAAGCACGGAGACUUGGAGAAUAAAUUCAGAAAGGUGCACACUGAGCUCAACGCCCUCAAGUCCAAACUAAUAUGGACUCCAACUUUACCCCGUCCUCUAGCUGCCUGUGUGUGUACCCACCAGGCACACCCCACUACACAGAACAAGGAUGCCCGUCCUAGUGCCCAGAGAUCCCCUCCCCACACCCAACAAAACAACCACCUUUAACUAAACAUGCCGCCUGUGACACAAAAUCAGUACCUGCAAUGAACUGGAGUGCUACAUUUUUUAUCAUACACCGAACACUGACAAAAAUAAGUUACUGACACCCAACAUGUCAGAGCUUCUGAUUGGUUACUCGGUGUGUGGAGAGUUUCUGUGUGCAAGACUUCAUCCAGGAAGUGGGCCGUGUUGUGCCUCAGUCCUGACAGUCGGUUCCGGACCCAGGUUCAGAUGGCUCUCAGAGCAGUCAAGGGGAAGCCAGUCCACCAGCCCAGGCCCAUUGGGUGACCGGGGGGAAAACCAGGAAAUAUCCUGUGACGCUUUAACCACCUGGCAUGUGGUUACCUGUGGGAAACACCAGGAAUUAUCUGGUGAACCUGACACGGGGUUCCCUAUGAGUACAGAUGAGAAUGUAUGAGGUCAUCUUCUACUAAUCAGUGCCAAGCUGGCCAAUUUUACCAUGGCAAUAGUAAUUAGCUUCUCACCCUCUGAUGGCUCCUUAAAACACAUUAUCUAGUUCAUCUCUGAAUCGAGGCAGUGUGAAUGGUUACGGUGGGGUUUAAGGUGAGAUGAUGGGAUUGAAGAUGCACCCUUGACCCUACUGUACUGGCGUCCAACACCACAGGACCUGACUCCUCUGGACACAAAAUCACCAUCCAUUCUAUGUUAUUUAUAAAAUAAACAAAGCACAUUUUGUUGUUCUGACAUCAUCCAACA